AUGUUUCACCCAAUCGGCCAGAUUCGCGUGUGUGUCUUCAUUACGCUGGUGCUGCCGUGGUAUCUUGCAGCGGCGGCGCUCGAUGGGUACAAACCGGUAGACAUCGACAACGCCACCACCGUACCGCUGGAACGUGUCAAGCGAUUGAUAAGCUUCCCGAUCAAUGGCGGUGUAGCGAAGGUGGUGCUAGGCUUCCUGGCUCCGGUUCGCUUCCACCAUUCGCUUCCGCGCGGUCUCAACUGUGGCAUUAAUAUGCAGGCGAACUAUGCGAUCAAUCCGGACAUAAUAUUUCCCCGACCGGAGUCCAUUUUUCGCAACCGCGACCUGGACCAAUAUGAAGAUCGCGACAGUCGCCAACGGUUGUACAGCACGCUGGAAACGGUUCUAAAGAUGAUGCUUGGGACGAAGCGCAGAGCACGCGACUGUUUGCUACGCACGGUGUGUGAAGUGGCCGAUACACCGCUGCACCAUAAUGGACUAGUGGGGGAGCUAUUGGACGUGAUAUUGACACCACAAGAAUCGGAUGCACUACCGGUGGAGUUCCUGAUGGCACGCCGGUACGGAGCAAAUGGAGUCAAUUGUUUGAAGCUGUACGCUUCCUGUCCAUGGGGCAUGGGAUUGCUCGAUCGCGUUUCGACGAUUGGUUUGCAAGAUUUAAUGUUGUGA